AGUCGGCCGCUAUGCGUCAGCUAGCGUUUAUCGCUUUCCUCUCCUGUGUUUAUUCGAAAGAGGAGAUAUUUAUUGGCGGACUAUUUCCCUUAUCUAGAAAAUCUAAUGAUAAUGAUAAGGAUAACAGCAAGAUAGGUUUAGGAAUAUUACCAGCGGUCGAAUUGGCUAUGGAGCAUGUUAAUAGUCAUCGACAAAUAUUAAAUAAACAAACUUUAAGGAUAACCUAUAACGAUUCUAUGUGCGACAUGGCCGUGGGCACAAAACUCUUCUUCGAUAUGAUGAAUCAACCUCCAGAGAAGCUGAUAUUAUUCGGGGCAGCCUGCAGUCAUGUGACGGGACCUAUUGCAGAAACUGCUUACUAUUGGAGAAUUCCACAGCUGAGCUACGCUGACACUCAUCCAGAAUUAUCCGAUAGGACUAGAUAUUCCAUGUUCUUUCGAACUAUACCGUCUGACUUGGAUUAUAAUCCUGCAAGAGUCAAACUAGUUAAAAAUUUCGGGUGGAAGAGGGUGGGAACUAUUUUUCAGGAUGCAUCAAAAGGUUCUUCCCGGUUCGCCUAUGCUCACAACCUGUUCGUUGAUCUAUUAGAACAAGCGGGCGUUGAGCGGCAAAUCGAGAGUUUUUCUACUGAUCCAGCCCCGGCAAUAGAAAAUUUAAAAAAGAAAGAUCAGAGAAUAAUUAUUGGCAAUUUCGAUUCGGAAAUGGCUAGAAAAGUGGUUUGCCAGGCCUAUAAAACUAAUUUAUAUGGUGUCAAGUACGUAUGGAUCUUAUUGGGUGAUUACCCGAAAAACUGGUGGAAGAAAGGUACAGACGGAUGUUUAGUUGAAGAGCUUGAGAAGGUUUUACAAGGAUAUUUCUCUACGGAUAUUCUUCCGUUAAGUUCCGAAGAAAGGAAGACGAUUAGCAAUAUAACAGCUCAGGAAUAUUCAAGGUUAUAUAGCUCAAGUGUUUCAUCCUCGGAUUACAACGAAUUCUCUGGUUACGCCUACGAUGGCAUUUGGGCUAUAGCAUUGGCGCUUCACAAAACUCUUAAUGAAUACGGCAUUGUGCAAUCCGAAUUACGUAACAACUCUGAUCUGCUGCUAGACGCUUUGAAUAAUACGGACUUUAUUGGCGUCACGGGUGACGUCCAAUUUAGGAAAGGCGAUCGUGUAGGCAGUAUUCUACUACAGCAAAUGCAGGGCGGUCGUCUCGUUAAAAUAGGCGAAUAUCAUGCAAACAACGACACACUCAAUUUAGAGGCACCCAAUUCCAGUUCAAUUAUUUGGCCCAGUUUGUAUAUUUUUCUUUACCAUUCCCUUGUUCUUAAUUUUUCUUUCCUUAUCGUACGCUUAUCUCCGUUUAUCCAUAUAGAAAAUAAACAACCCCGUGAUCGUACGAGACAGAGGCUCCAUCUACAGAGAGUCAACCUAACUAUCUACGCAAUCUUAUGUACAAUUUCGUCCAUAGGCAUAAUAAUUGCUUUGGUGUUUUUGGGUAUAAAUAUAAAAUUUAGAAAUCAUAGGUAUGAGAUUAUCAUAAAUGGAUUGCACUUUUUGGGAAAAGAGUUGGGCAUCUAUCUAUGGGAAGGAAUAAGCCUUUUUUCCCAUAUUGACAAUCAAUUCAUAUUGCUAAUAUAUACAGUCUAUAACUUGUAACUUUUUGCCAUUUUUCUAGAUAUAUCAGAAUGUCAUCGCCCAAUCUCAAUAACGUGAUAGUUAUUGGUUGUAUAUUAGCUUAUACAAGCGUUUUCCUAUUAGGAGCUGACGGGGUGGAGCAGUCGUCUACAAAUUUCCGCUAUUUGUGCACAGUAAGUAUUUAAUCCUCACUAAUCCGUCUCUAAUCCAGUCCGCCAGUUUGUUUAGUUUAUAUUCGCCAACUUUCCCUUUUUUUUUUAAUGAGAAAAUUAAACAUUAGCCUUGUUAAACAUGGUACUCGUUACAAUCAGAUUUCUUUACUGAAUAAAGACGGAAAAGGCUAGAUAAAAGUAAAGAAUGGGGAAGGGAAAUAAUAAGAAGAAAGGGAAGUAAUACGUAAAACAUAACGACAAUACGGUAAAAUGUUGAGGAGUAUUUGAAAUUUACCGCUCUUCCUUCCCCUCAAAAUCUUAUCAAAGAAAAAGAAGAGAAAAAAGGCAACCAGAAGAGUUUCUAUCCAACUUCUCUCCUCUCGCUAUUCUUUUCCAAUUAUAAAGUCUAUCAGCCUUUUACCAACAUAUUUUUUGAGUAGAUACUUAAUUAUAAACCUAUUUGAAAAGAAUAACUCCGUAGUUAGAAAGGAAGUAUGAUAUUACCACGUGAGAUUGUAGUACAAUACUGUAUAAAGUACUAUAUUGUAUAAUAGAUUAAAAAUAAUAUACACGAGUAUACAGUAUAUUAUAUACUAUUUAUCCCACCUUCCAUUGAAUUCCUAUAAUCGAUAACUAAAUCCACUCCAACAAAACAAUCAAUAAUACUGAUUGUGCCAUUAUUGAUAAUGUAUGAGGAAUGGUGAACGUGUUUGAAAAUAUUAUCUAUUUUAUGUUUUGACAGCUGUAUAUUUUUUCCCUAAUAUUCAAAGAUUUCUUUUUUAUUAUGUCAUUAUGUUAUUCAUACUUCCUCUGGGUUUUUCUUUCGGUUUAGUCUGUUUAUAAAUACCGUUUCUUCCGCAUUUUUGAGGGAAAAAAGAGGAAGAGGAGGAGGAGGAAACUUUAGAUAUUUUUUUUUCUUUUCAAUCCUCUCCUCCCUCGUUUAUAUUGUUCAAGAACGACAAAAAACAUAAUACAUUCGCAAUCCUAUUAUUCUUAUUCCAAAGGUUUGCGACCAAUAGUUUUUAUUACAGUUAAAUAAAUCAUCGUUCAGAUGCCAGUUAAAUCCCUAGUACUAGCUUUCAUUCUAUUCAUUUGAGUUCUCUCUCUUUGUAUAGGCGUUAGGGCGUUUGCCCUUUUUCUGUGUUCUUCUGCUACUUUGGCCGCUGCCUGCUCUCUAAGUAUAGUCCAAUCAAACUUUUUGUCGUAUUCGUAAUUCAAAGUUCUUGUCAAAAUUCUAAACAACUGUCUCAAAUACAUAUAAUCCGGACAUUCUUCGAAUCGAAGGCCUCUACAGUAGUUAAUAUACAUACUAAAUUCAGCCGGAUAUCCUUUGCAAAGAACUUCAACGGGAGUGGCGAUUUUCUUUUCUGAAAUCUUUUCGUAUUUCUGCUUUUUCGUGUUCGCCUUCAAGCCUUGCCAGGGGAGAGAUCCUCUUAGAAAGUACAUUAAUACAUAUCCGAGACUUUCCAUAUCGUCCCUUCUAGAUUGUUCGGCACCUUGGUGAGCGUUAAUAGAGGCGUAGCGGGCUGUACCAGUCAAGUUUUUAUCGUCUCGAAAAGAAAUAUGCUGUUUACUCCUCGGGUCUCUAUACUUUUUUGCGAGACCAAAGUCGACAAUAAAUAGUCUAUUAAGAGAGUGUCCAGUGCCCAUAAGGAAGUUGUCUGGUUUAAUAUCCCUAUGUAUAAAGUUCUUUUGGUGAAUAUACUCUAUUCUACUUAUGGCCUGGUCAGCAAUCAUAAGUGUGGUUUUAGUCGAGAAUCUUCUCUGACAGAAAUUGAAUAAAUCCUCUAGACUUGGUCCAAGAAGAUCGAUAACCAGGGCUAAAAAUUCUUUUUCAUACUGACCGAACCAUCGUAGUCGUGCUAUCCCGGUACCUUGGUUACCCUGUAGUAUCCUAUAAACUUUACUUUCGCCAUACAAUUGCGGAUGUCUUGCUUUACAGCUUUCAAUUUUGACGGCAACUUCUUCGCCAGUUUGUACGUUUACAGCUAAAUAAAUGUCGCCGAAACUACCACCGCCAAUUUUCCUUAUUAAUCGAUAUUUUGUUGUAUUUCCAACAUAAUAUUCACCGCCGCUUAUUCGGUCUCGUUCGCUCAUUGUCGAAUGACUUAGAUUUUCUUGUACACAACUGACUAAUCCUCCUCCGUAAUCCGCUUUAUUUCAGCCAUUCGACCGCCUAGUUGCAAACGAGACAAACGCCGAAUAUGAAUCAAUAACUUUCAAAACGACGUGUAAUCAAUUAUUCAUUUUUUUUUCUCUUAUGUAUGUACGGCGUGUAUAGGCCUGCGCAUUGAAAAUAGGAAGUGGGUUGGGCCUAUGACAAACUAUCGCCCCUCCCUGUUCUAUUUAUUUUAUACUGUAUAAAAAAAAUAUCGGUGUAAAAUACAAGUGUAUAUAAUAGAUUAAGUAGUCUGAGUGUAUGGAUUAGACAUAAUAAUUGUGAAUAAAGGCAGGGUAAGGUUAAACAGCCAACAGACUUGUAAGACGUGGUCUACUUGGCCAAUCAAAUUGUCUUUCCCUUUAACAAGCAGACGUCAUCGACUGGAUAAAUUAUUUCAAAGGAUUAGGGCAGUAGGGUGGUUAAGGUUGUAGAAAGAGACGCCAGUGCAACGUCUUGCUUGUACUUUUCUAUCGAAAUCCAAUUACAGCACUAAAAAUGCUUUGCCUAAGGAACAGUUUAAACCUUCCAAUAGCUUAACAAAAGGGAAAGAGCGAAAUAAAAAAAAAAGGGGAAAAGAGAAAAAAGAAGGUGGGAUGGUUUUUUUGUUUUAAAAAAAAGAAUCAUUAAAGUAUUAAAUGACUCUUGACAAAUUAAUUAGUGUGAAAAUACUUGGAAGAAAAAAACACAAUUUC